AUGGUUGUAGUUAAUGUUUAUCGUGUCCAUGCAAACGGGAUUGAAAAAAAAGUGGAUCUUUGUAUUAAUAAUAAAUCUUUUAUUGGUACAGGAAAAUUUGGUUAUGUUAUUGAUGCUAUUGUUGAGACGUCAAAUGGUACUGUACACCAUGUUGCAAUUAAAAAAAUUAAAAUUAAUAAAGAGGAUGAAUCAAUUAUAUCAAGAGAGUUAUACUUUCUUCAAAUUUCAACACAUCCAUGUAUUGUUACAUUAUUAUAUCAUUAUAUUAUUAUGACUGAUGAAAAUACAUUUCAUUGUUUAAUAUUAGAGUAUUUUCCUUUGGAUUUGCUUUAUUCAUUUCAACUAUUUUAUGCAUUAUCUUAUGUACACUCUCGAUCAGUGGCACAUCGUGACAUCAAACCAGCUAAUCUUUUAAUAAAUGAUGAAUAUGGUAUAUUAAAAUUGGCUGAUUUUGGAAGUUGUAUUGUUUUACAAGAAGGUGAACAUUACAAUCCAUAUCAAAUAACACGUUUUUAUCGUCCUCCAGAAUUAUUAUUUGGAGCUGAAAUAUAUACCUAUAAAAUUGAUAUAUGGUCAGGUAUAUGUACAAUGAUAGAAAUGGCUCUAGGACAUCCUUUAUUUUUAGGAAAAUGUAGAAUUGAUCAAGCAACUAAAAUUUUAGAUGCACUUGGUAUACCUACUUCAGAGGAACUUAAAAGUAUGAAUAUAAAAAAAAUUAAUUGUAAAAGUAGGAUACCUCAUGGUAUUAUACAAUCUCAUGAAAAAUAUCUAUUAACAAAAGAGAUGAUUGAACUUACAGAAACAAAUUUAGUAUACAAUCCCAACCAACGAAUGGAGGCAAAUGAAAUUUUAAAACAUCCAUAUUUUGUACCAAUAUCACAAAAUCAAAAUUUUAAUCGUGAAGAAAAUAAACAAAUUCCUUCAUUUAUUAAAGACUUUAAUUUUUAA